AUCCAAACAGCUCUCAAAGGUGCUCUCUUACAGAUUACACCCCCCUUUGCCUUUAGCUGAAAAAGAAAUGGUUUAAGAGACAGAGAGGGAGUCACAGUCUUGUUGAGAAUGUGACUGAAAUCAGAGUUUUCUAAAUGACAGCAGCCUCGUCCUCAGCUCGUGGGAAGCGAGCCUUCACUCAACUCUCCUAAGCUUAAGAGAGUGCUGUGGUUCGCAGCGUGGUUGCUUUGCCUGUGGGUCUUGCUUGCUGUAAGUCACUGUCUCUUCUUCCAAGCAGAAGCACACACCCGGAAUGGCUGCUGCCGCCUUGCUGCUCGCCAACCUCACCAACGGCAGUGACAGCGGCUGCAACGUGCACCACCACCGCUACACAGCAAAGGUGAUUUUUUCAUGCUUUUACAUAAUCCUGCUGCUCUUUGGCUCCUGUGGGAACAUCCUUGCCCUUUGCGUCACCUUUCAGCGAGGGAAGAAGAAAAUCAACUCUACUGACCUCUACCUGAUCAACCUGGCUCUGUCCGAUGCCCUCUUCACACUUGCACUGCCAGGAAGGAUUGCCUACUAUCUCCUGGAAUUCAGUUGGCCCUUUGGGGACUUGUUUUGCCGGGUGACAGCUUUCAUCUUCUACAUGAACACCUACGUGGGCAUCUACUUCAUGACCUGCGUGAGUGUGGACCGCUACAUUGCAGUGGUCCGUAGCCGGUGUCUGGGCAAGUUCAGAAGGGUCAGCCGUGUAAAAUAUAUCUGUGGGGUGGUCUGGUUGCUCGUAUUCGUCCAGACGAUGCCACUGCUCAUGCGGCCCAUGACAAAGGUGAUGGGAGACAAGCUGACCUGCAUGGAGUACUUCAACUUUGAAGAGAUUCCCAAACUCCCCAUCAUCCUCCUGGGAGCUUGCAUGGUGGGGUUCCUCUUGCCUGUCGGAAUUAUAUUGGUUUGCUACGUGCGGAUCAACCUCAAAUUGUGCAGAGCAGCCAAAGAAAACCCUCUGACCGACAAGAAUGGGCACCACCGAAAGGCUGUCACAGUUAUUGUGGUGGUGCUCCUGGCUGUUGUGAUCUGUUUUAGCCCUUACCAUGUAAAUAUCAUUCAGUUCAUGAUCAGGAAGAUCUUGUACCAGCCAUCCUGCUUGGAGCAGAAAGCUUUCAAGAUGUCUUUACAAGUCACAGUGGCUAUGAUGAACAUGAACUGUUGCAUUGAUCCUAUCAUUUAUUUCUUUGCAUUUAGAGGCUAUAAGAGGAGGCUCCUCAGGAUCUUUAAAAACAGUGGCUCCACUCUCUCCUCCUCCACUGCCAAGACACCUUCAGAAAGCAACAGCAACAGCCACAACCAAGGAGCUUGCUCUUUGUCAGUUUAGCUAGCUCUUUGUCAGUUUGCCUUCAUCUGCUUAGAGCUUUAACUUAAAAUUACCCCUAACUGCACUGGUCUGACUCCAUGCAUAGUAGCAGAAGUUGGAAUGCAAGUGCAGGCAAGAGGUUGGCAUUUUUACCAUUGUUCCUGUGCAGCGCAGCAUGACCCUGGAGUAAUAUCACUAGCAGCUUUUCUAUUCUUUUACUGCCUGCAGUGAUGGUGACCCAGGGGCAGUGCCAUGGUGGGAAGUUUUAAGAAAAAAUAGGGAAUAGAUACAGCUUUAGGCCAAGAUAUAUAUUUCACUUAUUACAUAUUGUGGCUGUGUAUAACUAACUAUACAUAACUAACUAUACAUAGCCACAAGGUUUAAUGAUUCCUGAAACCAGUUCUAACAUGCUGACAGACGUGUGUUGUAUGCUGAAGAUGCGGUGCUUCUGCUAGAUACGGGGCAUCACACAAAAUUCAGCGAAAAACAAAGGCACAGGAGGUACUUAAUUCUCAGAAGUUGCUAAACUGACAUACAAGAUAUGUUCAAAACCCCUUUGAAAUGUCCUGCUGUGCUUUGCAUAUAAUGCAGCUUUAUCUUCUGGACAUACUCAAUAUUUUGUUUGCUUCCGAAAUAUAGGGAGUUGCCAUGAGCUUUUAACCAUUCAGGAUUUAAUUUGGUGUACUUGAACCUAGCAAACCGAGUUGGAAACUGUUUUUGACCACCUUAAACUCUCCAUGGGUAUUGGAUCUGAAGUCAGCUUUCUCUUUCCCGUGACUGGAAUUAUACCAACAUAUACCGAGUGUCCACUAGUGACUAGGACUGGGUUAAAAGAGCAGCAGGAACAAAAGUCAGACCUCAGCUACCUAAGCUAAGCUUAUCUAUAGUAAAUUUAAAAAAUGAAAGUGACUCAAAAUUUCUGAAAUUCUCCAGCAACCUGACAUUGUAUUGUGGGAAAAGUACAAAAGAGAACUGUGAAGUCCAUCACAACAAUUCCUGUAAUUAGUGACUGCAGUCUAAUAACUGGCAAAGGUCUGAGACAGUAAAGAGAACUGAGGGUAUGAGGAGAACUACAUGUUUUCGUUUUGCUAGUAAGCUUAAGAGCUUGCCCUUUAUUUUAGGGGAAAGCACAGAGCAGAUUUUCAAAUUAUGACUAUUUUAACUAAAUGUAAAGGCUUUUAGAAAGCAAUCUCUGCCCUUCUUCAAAUGGGUCAAGAGCAGUUGCACUGCCUUAACUAUACUGGGUAGGACUGUAUGUAAGACUGAAAAACCUAGGUUUUGUAAACUGUUUAAGAUUACUCAUGUCUUAGAAAUAGAGAGAUUCACCCACUAACAACUAACUUUCUGGAAAGCUAUUGUAAGCUCUGAAUGUUUUUGUAAAUCAGGGUCAUGACAGUUGUACAAACUACACAUAAAGUUUGAGAUGUUUAUAGGUCACAUGUGAUGGCACUAGUCAGGCAUAAUAAUUAGAAGUACAAUAUUAAUACACAUAAUGAAGAAAGAGAGAGUCCUUGCCCUGGACAGAGGUUGGGACUCUCUCAGCUUCUGAAGACUAGAUACUACUGUAUGUUAUUUGCAUUGCCCGUUUGUAACCUAACUUUGGAUGACUCAGGUCUGGGAAGCUUGUCUGUAGACUUUAUGACCAUUCUAUCAAGAAACUGGAAGGCGAACAUUACAAUCUUUACUAAACUUCAGUAAUUAAAAGAAUGACCAGAACCAGCUGCUUUUCCAGGCAAGUAACAAAUUCUGUAGAGGAAAUAAGUGAAACAGCCAUGUGGUCUAAGGUGCCAGACUCAAGAGCAUGUUUUUCAAAGACAGACAGGGUUCUUUGGGUAAAUCCAAUCUUUUAUUAGACCAGUUCAGAUACUUAGAAAUGUUUUUCAAAGGUGGUGAAUGGCCACUCUAGAUAUACCUUGUUCAUAUGCUCUUCCUCUAAAGCAUCCACUCCUGCCAUUGCUGGAGACAGGAUACUAGUCAAAAUGGACCAUUGGUCUGACCCAGAACGGCAUUGCAUAUGUUCUUAAAUUAGUUUGGAAAUCUACUCAUGAAUUUGGACAGAGGAAAGAAUAUAAAAACAAUGUACGCAUAUUUUUUCCACACACUAGUAGGAGCUUGAAAUGAAUAAAUGUACUUUUAAAAAAGUCUGGAAAACCUUUUCCAUGCUUUUCUUUGUGGACAAAAACAUGUUUUCCUAACAGAAACCUUACUAGGCUUUAUUCUGUAUUGAUUUUUUUUCUUCAAAUAAUAAAACAUGUCUUGUGAA